AUGUCCGUCAACUCUUCAUCCUCCCUCAGUUUUGCACCCCCUCUCUUCUCCUCCACCUCUACCAACAACUCCAUCUCCUCUGAGUUAGAAUGCCAGCGCUCAGUACCCAGCAGAGUCAUGCAUACCAUUUACACCGCUACCAGCGUCCUCCUCCUCUUACCGCUCUACAUCCUCAUCCUCUGCAUGGGUUUCCAGCGCUGGAGGCAUCAGCGCUCUAUAACUGCAAGGAUGACGAUUAGCCACUCUGACUUCUUCACCUACAACAUGAUGAUUUUAGAGAUUUUGGGAGUUUUUCUGAGAAUUACAUUUCAUGUCCUGACCUGUUUGGAGCGCUACCUGGCUGUCGUUCACCCCAUCACCUACAGGCAUCUGCGAGAAUCUAACAGGUUACUCCGCGCCGCGCCUGCGCCCUUUAGGGGGCUGUCGCGCGGCAGAGGAGCAGAAAAGAGCGUCUGUUUGAGUCGUAGCGGAAACUGUUUGCGCCUGCGCUCCUCGGCUGCGCGGUCAUCCAGCUUGGAGCACCAAAACAGACCCGGGAGCUCCGCGAGCUCCGGCCGCAGGGAGCCGGUCCGGGUCGGCUGCGCCUCCGGGUUCUGGGGGGACACGGCCACCUCAGUGCCUCAGCUGAUCUACAGCGGGAAGCUGGACUUCCUGGUGUUUGACUACCUCAGUGAGAUCACCAUGUCUCUGCUCACUGCCGCCAAAACCAAGAUGCCCAACCUCGGUUACGCUCCGGACUUCGUCCAGGUCGCUCUGGCUCCUUUUAUCAACGACAUCCACAGGAAAGGUAUUCGUGUGGUCACCAAUGCAGGCGGCGUGAACCCUCUGGCCUGCGCCGAAGCCAUACAGGAAGUCACCAAGAAGGCGGGGCUUGAGCUCAAGGUUGCCGUGGUGACCGGUGAUGACCUCAUGCCCCACAGGAGCAGCCUGUCUGAGGUAAGGAUGGUGGACAGCGGCGGCAGACAGCAGCUGCCUAAAACGCUGCACAGCAUGAACGCUUACCUCGGGGCCGUCCCAAUCCGCCACUGCCUCGACCUCGGAGCGGACAUCGUGGUGACAGGACGCUGUGUGGACAGCGCCGUGGCCCUGGGGCCACUCAUGCAUGCUUUUGGAUGGGAGAAGAACGACUACGACCUGCUGGCAGCUGGGAGUCUUGCAGGUCACCUGAUCGAGUGCGGCGCUCAGAGUACAGGAGGCAUCUUCACCGACUGGCAUAAAGUUCCAGACUGGGACAACAUGGGUUUCCCAGUGGUCGAAUGUUCCAGUGACGGCUCCUUCGUUCUCUCCAAACCGCCCAAAACCGGCGGCCUCGUCUCCUUUGGCACCGUCGCCGAGCAGCUGGUGUACGAGAUCGGCGACCCACGACGAUACCUGCUGCCCGACGUCAUCUGCGACUUCAGCCAGGUGGUCAUCCAGGAGGUACCAGGUGAUGAGGGAGGAUCUGUGAGAGUCACCGGGGCGAGAGGCUUUGCUCCAUCACAUGACUACAAGGUUUGUGCGACUUACAUGGACGGGUUCAGAGCAACGGCCGUGUGUCCGGUUGGAGGCCCGAGAGCAGCGGAUAAGGCCAGGAGAACCGCAGAGAGCAUUGUCAAGCGGACAAAGAGGAUGUUCAAACAGUUAGGACUGGAAGAUUUCAGCUCUGUCAACAUCCAGGUCCUUGGCGCUGAGGACACGUACGGUGCCAACGCUUGCUAUAAGGACUCCCGGGAGGCCGUGAUCUGGUUGGCCGUCCACCACAAACAGAAGAAAGCUCUGGACCUCUUCUCCAGAGAAGUGGCUCCUGCAGGGACUGGCAUGGCUCCUGGACUGACCGGCAUCGUGGGUGGACGACCCAGAGUGUCUCCUGUCCUGAAGCCAUUUUUCUUCUUGCACCCAAAAUCUCAGCUGAAGGUCGACGUUCACAUUGGCGGUGAGCUGGUGGAGUCGCUAUCAGAGGAGGAGCCAGACACACCUGUGCAGGAAGAAGCCCCUCCCACCUCAGUAGAAGACAUACCUGAUGCAGACCUGCCCAGUGGACCGCACAGUUACAGACUGGAGGAGCUGGCCUACACGAGGAGCGGCGACAAAGGAGACUCGGCUAACAUUGGAGUCAUAGCUCGCCAUCCCCUCUACUUCCCCUAUCUGAAGAAACACCUGACUUCUUCUGUGGUGGAAAAAUAUUUCUCCCACCUCAUCAAACCAGGAGUGAAGAAUGCCGUCACACGAUACACUCUGCCGGGAAUCCACGGCCUUAACUUUGUCCUGAAGAGUUCACUGGGAGGUGGAGGAGUGGCCUCUCUGCGCAGUGACCCUCAGGGCAAAGCCUACGGUCAGAUGCUGCUGGAUUUGAAGCUGAGGAGACUGCCUGACCUCAAGUCUCUGGUGGACUGAGUUGAGGAGAAGGAGAGGAGGGGAUCGAGAGAGCUGGAGGCAAAUGAAGACAUAAAAGCGAGUUCAGAAGGAAAGUGAGACUUUUUACCUCAAGAGAAACACAAAGGGAGCGUUUAUAGAUCCAGAUCACGUCCACAUCUGAAACCUGAAGAGCACAAAAUCAUCAUGUUUUUAUUUAAGAUUUAGGGCUAUGUUUACAACAUAUGGCUCAUUCCACCUCAAACCAUCAUGGACUUUCUGCUCGACCAUCUCCAGUUUAGCCUAAAAAUUUUAUGGUCAGAAAUUUGGUUGUAUAUUAAUUUUUUUGUUGUUGAAAAAUGAUCCACUGACCGACUUCCAGCGUGUUUUUUUCGCACUUUGAAAUCUGAGGCAAUGUUUGAGGCAUGCUGAUCUCUAUACUGAUAUGGACUGGGUAAUGUGUUAGGAAUGAAAGGAUGCCAUGUCCUUUGAUGGAAGUGAAUAUUAUCAACCUACAGAGGGCUGAAUUCAAAGACACCCCGAAUAUCAAAGUGAAAAAAUUAUGCAGCAGGCUCAUCUAUUUUCCUGAAAUUUCAUUGCAGCCACUCAAAAUGCUGCUCAGUAGUUUGUAUGGCCCCCACGUGCUUGUCUGCAUGCCUGAAAAUGUCAGCACAGGGCACAAUUGGUGGACCUGCCAAUUCUGGUAUGCUAUGGCAAAUGCAGAUCGGGCUCCACGGUGCCAGGCAGUGAGCUCAGGGCCCACUAGAUGACAUCAGGCCGUCAGGUCACCCUCAUGAAGUCUGUUUCUGAUUGUUUGGUCAGAGACAGAGCACAAAGUAGCAGAUACCGGUCCUGCUGAUGGGUUAAGGACCUUCUAUGGCCCUGUCCAGCUCUCCUAGAGUAACUACC